CCGCGCUCGUCCGUUCUGCUAUCCUCAUGCAGUUCGACAUGACGAUGCUCUUCCUCGGGCUCACGACGGUCCUCGUGUCCCUCUGCGUGAUCCCGCCUCUGGCCAAGGUCACGAUCGCCCCGCUCUUGGGCUCGGUCGUCGCCAAGGCCACGAAGGCGUACAUCCACAGCUCCAUCGAGCUCUUCUACAACCUCUGGACGGGCCUCAUCUCGCUCGAGCGCAUCGUGCUGCAAGCCUCGUUCCUCCACGAUCUGCGCCUCUCGCUGCCAUUCCCGAUUGAGCUCAGCCAUGUGUCGAUUGACGCGCUCCAUGUGCAGCUCCCGAGCUUCCUCGGUGGGUCGGGGCCCAUGAGCUACAACAUGUCGAUCGAAAUCGUCGGCGUCCGGUUGGCCGGUACGUUUGGUGUCAACUGCGAGCUCGACCGUGCUGCGUACCUCGAGCGGGUCGUUGCCAACAAGCUGGCGCUCGCAAACGGCAUGACGCAGGCCGUGCAGACGUACCUCGCGCGGCUUGCGUCGCCCAACGAGGCGUCGCCGCCGUCGACGUUCAAGUCGCGGCUUCUCCACUCGAUCGCUGAGACGAUCAAGAUCUCGAUUCGCGACGUGUCGAUCGAGCUCAUUGGCGAGAAGGAUGCGGCGCCGACGACGCCCUUGACGAUCACGCUCACCGAGUUGUCGCUCACGAGCGCGCCGACGAACGAAGAGGUGCAGAUCAACCACCGCACGGUCACGAUGCGCAACUUUUACGUCUGCCUCGAGAACCAACGCGUGCUCGGCUUCCCGUCCCUUGUCGUGGACGUGACGAUGCCGUACGUCUUUGAGGUUAUGCUCUCGCCACUGCCGCUCGACACGAAGAAGCUCGGUCUCUCGAUCUCGCUCGCAGACAUGAUGACGACGCUCUCGCCGCACUUGUAUCUGACGCUCAUCCGGUACUACAUUCCGUACGUCAAGUAUGGUCUCUUCCAAGAGUCGCUCAACCAGGCCGAGAUGGCCGAGUGCAUGCACCCGACCGCCGAUGCCGAAGACGCGUACUGCCGCGCGUUCAAGUGGGACCUCGCAGCGCAGGCGCCGACACCACACGCGGCCGUGAAUGAUGUCGAGACGAUGGCGACCUUGGACACGCUGCUCGCUCUGCGCGCCAAGGCGCUGCGCUGGACCGAGCAUUUGGCGCAACACCACUUGACGCCGAUGGAGCUUGUGACCAAGGUGCAAAGCGAGAACGCGCCGUUCCGCGACAAGCACAUCGUCGUCGCACUCAACCGCUGGACCGUGCAGUUGCUGGACACGAAAGAUCAAAAGCUGCCGGUCGCCGACAAGACGCCGGUGGGCGAGCCGACGCUCGCGGCCGAGUUUGCGAUCGCUGGCGUCGACGUGGUCAUGGAGCAGUGUGCCUCGGGCGCCAUGGCCAUGGACCUCCAGUACGCGAUCCGCGACAUCCAGCUGACAACCUUGACGCCGAGCAUGGAGUGCCAGCGGUCGCAGCUGCUCUCGCACUCGUCCAACGAGAAGCUGCUGGACGGCCGAUUGCGCCAGACGUUUGCCGGUGGCAUGGACCUCGACGUGACGUUUGAGAAGCUCGCCGUGUUUGCCGCCAAGGAACCGCUGCAAGAGUUUCUCUUGUACGUCGACCGCCUCCAGCUGACGGCGCAAGCGUACAUGGCCGAGCAGCUACCGGCGCCGACGCCGACGACCGCGACGCCGACGACGACGACGGUGCCGACCAAUGACUCUUCACCGUCGUCACGACUCAACCUCUCGAACGUCGGGCCGUGCUCGCUCCUCAAGGGCGCAACAAUGAACAUUGCGGUCCGCGUCGCGGACGUGAGCGUCUUUUUGAUCCCGCCGGCCGUCGAGUCGACGGGUGCGCUUCUGGAGCUCACCAUGACGACCGAGCUCGCCGUGAAGAGCUCGCUCGACGCGGAAUCGAUGCAGCUCGUGCUUUCGGAGGCUGCACUGCUGCCGCGCUUGUACCAGGCGCCGACGGACACGAGCGGGUUCCCGACCAUCUUUUCGCCGCAAGCGUCAACGCCGCAGUCGCUCUUGGCGCCGCUCCGCAUUGCCAAUGGGUACGAGCUGGCGCGGACGGCGUCCGGCGACUAUGCCCAGACGCUCUCGGUCUCGGUCUCGGACGUGACGCUGUCGUUUUCGCAGCUCAACUUUGCCAUGUUUUUGAGCAGCGUCACGAGUCUAAGCACGAUCCAGACGACGACCGACGAUCAGAUGAAGAAGCGCCGGGUCGCGCAGGAAGUCGCGCAGGAGGCCGAGAUGGCGCUGCAGAUCAAGCAGCGCCUCGACGUGGCGCAGGCGCAGUUUGAGGAGAUUGACGUGGACCACACCAAAUCCAUUGAAUUGGACGAGCUCGAGCUGCUGCUGGCGCACGCGAUCGUGGACCAGAAGCUGCUCACGCGCGAACUCCGCGAGCUCACGGCGACGGUCUUCAACACGAUCGACAAGGACGGCAGCGGCACGAUCGACUUUGACGAGUUCCGGCACUACCUCAUGGAGACGAUGAACGUCGAGCAUUUGCGCGGCUACGUCGACCUCUACGCGUGCGAGUACGACGCGCUCAACGUGCUCGAAACCCUCUUUGGCCCGUUCUCCAAGUCGACGCCGACCGACUGGUUUUCUUUUUGACGUCCCGCGCC